AUGCGUUGUAUUCUUCUGGCACUUGCUGUGGUAUUGGUGGUGGCUGAGGCCUCCUCCAUCCGCUCCACGCGACAAGCUUGCGGCUGUGCUCAAUCCACCCAACCCACCUGCUCCUGCCAGCAAUCGUCCCAACAAUACAGUUGCUCCUGCCAACCGACCACAUCUUCCUGUUCAUGUGCAGGCCAACAGCAAUACCAACUCCAAACUUCCCAAUGCAUGCCAGCCUGUCAACAAUCUUGUAGCCAGCAGUGCCAGUCUAAUGGGAAUACUCAAUGCCAGCCAACCUGUCAGCAAUCUUGUCAGAUGUCCUCCUGCAACUCCAUGACUUCAACUCAGAUGCCAUCCAGCCAAUGUUUCACAGAGUGCGAAAAUAAUUGUAUGCAACAAUGCACUCAGACCCAACCCACUCAGCAAUGUCAGCAGCAGUGUCAGCAACAGUGUCAGCAGCAGUGUGGAACCAUGAACACCAACAACUACUACACCCAGGAUCCAUAUAACCAACAGCAAUAUGGAGCGUAUCAGGGAUACAAUAACAAUAACCAGCAGACGAUGAUGGACCAACCGAUGUACCAGAAUCAGAAUCAAAAUCAGAACCAAAUGUACAACCCAUACCAACAACAACAGCCAUGCCAACAACAAUGUGCUCCCCAAUGCUCCCAACAGACCUCGAACUCCUGUCAGCAAUGCCAGAACUCGUGCCAGAACACCAACACAAACACUCAAGUGAUCACUAUCACUGUCCAAGCGUCCCCUCAAACCUCCCAAUGUGUUCCACAAUGUCAGCAGCAAUGCCAGCAACAAUGCCAGACCCGAACAUCUUCCAACCAACAAUGCGCUCCUGCCUGCUCGACGUCCUGCAAUCAGUCCUGUAACCAACCGAUGCAAAUGGCUUGUCAAACUAUGCAGAACAAUCAGUGUGGCUGUCAGCAGAACUAUUCGCCUUGUGGAAAUGUUUCCGGGCAGUGUUGUUUGAAGAAAAAGUAA